AGUCACUCUUUUCACAGAUAGCUUUCAGGGCUCUCUCCGGACUUUCCUCCCAGGCCAGAACAAUGGCGGGCCCAGGAGCCCAGCUUCCCCACAGGCCCCGGCGAGAGGAGGCCGGGGGCUGGGUACUGAGGGAGCCGCUCAGCAUGCUGAAAUAUGGAGGCGACAGAUAAGGUGGCAGCGGCACAGAGAGGCCCUCUCCCAUGGGCCCAAGGGGAAAUUUGCAGUUAUUAAGAGGAAGAUGAGAGAGAUUAAAUGGCUUUUGUACUCAUUUUCACAGACUUUUAUUUUUUUAUUAUUUGGGCUGCCUUCAUCUGAGAGAUGAAAGAAGUGGCGCACUGUGGUGGUGUGGCGAGCUGUCAGCGAGGCGGAGACACCUGAUUGGCUGGACAGCAGGGCGGAAGUGCGUCUGGUGGUGUCCCAGCUGUGCUGCUCAAAACAAAACAAGACAAGCUGCGACUGCACCAUGAUGGAUGAGCUGGUGCAGGACCUGGUGUCUGCUCUGGAGCAGACCUCGGAGCAAAGCAAGCUUGGGGAGCUGUGGGAGGAAAUGGUCCUGAGUCCACUGCACCAGCGCAGGCAGAUCCGCCGCCGCAGAGGCCGCAAGCGAUAUCGCGAAUCUUCCCUCUAUCCGCUGGAGCACAGACAAUGUUGGAUUGAGGCCUCUGAGUCCAGUUUGGACGAGACUAAAGGAUACAGGAAGAACUCCUCCUCAACCAUCACCACCUCCAUGGCCAACUGCAGUGACUCUGACGACAUGACUCCAACCAACCGAUGGCGCUCUGUCAUGAGAGGCCCGGUCAGGACUAGGCAGCCCUCCUGGCCAGAAUCUGACUCCUUCACUGAGAAUAAUCCAGGAAGACAACUCAGGAGGCGGAGGAAGGUCAAACGUAUGACCUCAGAUGUCACAGUUAGGCUGCAGCAGAAGUUAAAAGUUUCCGGUGUAGAUAGGAGACGGAGACAUAGGUCGUCCAGGAUGCAGCAUCUGUCAGGAUCAAAGAAGAGGUCUGGCGGUUGGGUGGGAGCAGACCGACAGACCGAUGGAGCCCGGCUGAUGGGAAAGGAGUGCUGGAAGAGGAAGAUGGCCAAGGAACACAGAGAGGCUGCGGAUGAGAACAUGUCUGAGGGGGAAACCAGCAGCACAUGCAGCAGUGACCCUGGCCUCUUCACCAAUGAUGAGGGACGACAAGGCGAUGACGAGCAGAGUGACUGGUUCUUCGAGGGGGACUGUGGAGUGGGGACGAGUGUGGCCGGCCUGCUGCCCAGCUGGGACUCAGACACGCAGCUUUCCCUUGAGGACAGCCGUCCCCCACCCACCUUCCUGCAACCUGCACGGCCCUCUCAGAGAGGGUAUCGGUAUCAUUCACGUCUGAAGCGAGUGCCUGGCUCUGCUGCCUGCUGCAUCAGGAAGGACAGGAGGCGGCUUCCCAGCAAGGGCAACGGCAUGCCAGUGUUUGUAGAGAGACUGAGACACUUCUCCCAAGAUCCUUACCAGAGAGACUUUUGGCUGCCUCCUGUUGGAAAACGAGACCGAAGCCAGUUGAACCCUUUGUGCCCAUUACCAGUGUGUCCUAUUGACAUGGUGUCAGAGAGCUCCCGUCUCAGAUGUUCCACCUCAGUCUGCAGAAACAGGCAGACUAAUGUCUCCUGUGCAUACCAGUCCUGGAGUGACAUCAGGAGGAGAAGGGAAACAGAAGCUGUGUCUGUCACAACAUCAGCUAGCAACCCAUUUCAUAAGGAUCACCAGCGAGAAGAGGCACAGGGAGCCAGUAACACCUCAACCCCUGAGGCUGUGGGACCAAGUGCACCAGGUUCACAGAGUUUAUCUUUCCUCCAGGGGGACCAUGAGGAGACCUGAGCGGGACUGGGGACUUGACAUGCACACCUAAGUGACAAAGAAAAAGCUAUUGUGCCAGAGAACGAACAGGCCAAAACUCCUCUUGCUGCACAAACUUUAUGACAAAGAAAAAAAAAAAUACAAAGCACAUCAUUAUUCCUCAAAUCAGCAUGUUACUGCUAGAUCCAGUCUUUCCAGGUAGUGUAUUAAGCAUGACAAAUGUUAAUGCAAUCAAGCCUUGUUAAGCCCUUUGCCAUCUCCUCAAAGCAGCUUCAAGAGGCUCCUCGUUUGACUCAAGACUGGAACGGCUCCUCCUGUUUCCACACACAGUCUCCAGGCCACCUGCUACCACACAAUCCCAACAAUUAUGUCCACUCUAGUAGCGCAGCGUUUGUCAGCGGGAGCACUGGGAGGAUGGUCAGGUGAAGCUGGAUAGCCGGGGGCGGGGAGCCUGCUCUGCUUUACGGCAGCCGACAGUGGCUGUGCUGGCGGCACGUAGCUACCGCCGAGACAGGAGAGCAUCAGAAUGUUUAGCUACCACAUGCUGCUACUGGGUUCAGAGAGGCGACCACCGGUAGAGAGCCACACAAAGUACAGGCCUCCUAUUAGCAUGGAUUUGAAAAGCUACAGUUUGUACAAAGGUGCUCAUUAGCACAACACAGAGGGAGUGUAGUCGCCGUCCUCAGAGGGCUGCCUCUGUUCUCUUUAGCUUACCUUCCAUAUUCAAAUUCCCCCAAAUGUAUUUAAGUUCAAGGCCAGCUGCAAAUCUGUUUGAACAGCCUGUUUUUCAGCAAUGGAGGAUUACUUGCUUUUGGGGCUGUGCAGAGAGCCAGCAGAAAAGGAGUUGGAGGAGCAGUCUGAGACAGGAGAGGAGAGUCGUACACUGUAUUUUCACCUACCCUUGGGGUAUACAUUUCCCUGGCUCCCUCGGCAUCAGAUGCAUUAAAAGAUCAAUGGCAGCAUACAGUGAGAUCAAACACAACACUUCUCUCCGAGCUGGUAAACACGCAGAAAAAUGCAUUUUCGUAUAGGAGUCAAGUGAAAUACAGUUUUGCUUGACCCAAACCACACAGGUGAUAACGGUCUGUAAAAACAGAGACACAUACUCCUGUAUGUAACUUCUGCUGGUGUCUUUUACAGUCAAAAAAGCAGAGUAAAUUUAGUAAUGUGCCAAAGUUUCAUGCUUUUAAAGAAAGCUUACCUGAAAUCUUCCGAGCACUAAAAGUCACAGGUAUGCACUUUCUCUAAUGAUGGCAAGAUACCUUUUUUAGUGAAAUGGACUGCAUUAUCAUCAGCUACACUCUGCAUGUCUUUUUCAGACACGUUAAAGCCUUAUUUAAGAGAAGAAUCGCAUUUAGUAGAAUGAGAUUUGCCAAUUAAUGUGAGUUAUAUGUCUGCAAUAAUCCGUCUGAGAAGGCUUUAUGUGAUCAUGUUGGCCAAGGAUGACAUUUAUAAAUGCUGUGUGUGCACACUCGUCUAAAUGGAUGCCUCACACAAGACAUCCUGCCACGGGUAUCAGUCAAAGUGUUGAGGCAGAGAGCAACCCCCCCCCCACCCCACCUCCACCCAUCCCUUGCUACCUCUGCUACAGCAUGGCCAGGGAGUCACCGUGGGCUCUUCCCACACCAGUAAUACAUGGUCCAGACUGAAUACAUUCAUAAUUAGAAAAAAGAAGCCUUUGAUAAAUACAAUGGUGGCGUCUUCAAGACAUAUGCCCCUGGACACGAUGACAAGUAUUGACUGUGUAGUGUUUUAAGGAGAGCUUCUCGUCGCUGCCCUAUCCGUCAGUCUGUGUUUUGGUGCCAAGGCAUUGACAGGGCAGGAAGACGUAUCAGUUCGGAUACAGUUCCAUUACCAGGAGGAGGGGGAUCACCUCGCCUGCCUCUCUGGUAAUUAGCAGUCACCAUAAUGACAUCUCAGCCAGACUGUAUGCCCCAAAAUGUAUUUCCAAUGGCCAGGAAGUGGGGGAAUGGCUUCCGUGCAGCCAGUCAAUUGCCCUGUUACAGUUAAGGAAUCCAGCAGGCUGGUACCACUCAUAUUUCAUCCCAGGUAAAGAUUACCUGUCAGGCCCAUGGGAGAUGUAUUGAUCUGUUUUCCUUUUUCCGCCAGCAAUCACCUGACAAAGGCACCUAGGAGGCGAGUGAAUGAGUGAUGCCUGGUCUGUCUGCUCCAGCGUAGUGGCUUCUAGUGUCCACUGAUGGGUGGAGAGGUGAUGAGGAAGUGGAGAGAUAAUGCAGUCAUAAACUCUGUUUGAACCUCCUCUGUAUGCAUGCAGGGCAGCCCCUCGAUUCCCAUGGGUCACAGGUCAGUGGGGAAUUUGCCUUUUUUUUUUUUUUUGGCUACUUUCUUGUCAGUUGCGUUUGUUCUUGGUGUGUAGUGUGUAGUGAUGAUAGAAACACAUGCAAAAGAGGCUCUCUGGUUCCUGCUGACAAAUGCAUGUUGCGAGUCACCGUAGUUCAACUCACUUUGGGUUUCAAAAGUGAUCCCGUUUGAUCCCGUCACCCUUCUCACGAUGAAAUCCAACCUUGUGUGGUCAGGGUUUCCUGUGACUGUCAGUGUGGCGACGUUGCACUAGCAAUGAUCGAUAUAUUUUACAUUACCUUGUGUUUUUUUGGCAGCUAAAAGUAUUUAUAUAUUUGCCUUGUUCAAUGGAAUGUCAGACUUGAUAUUAUCCAUGAAGCCAUGCAUUUUAAAGUGAUUGCACUGUAUAAAACGUGUAGUAUUUAUGAUGUGAUGCAUAAUAAUAGGUCCAUUAAUUGAGGAUUUAGGUCUAAGGACAUUAAAUUCAUAAAUUCAAUUUCAUGAUAGAUAGUCCAGUAGAUAUGUCUUUCUAAUUUUUUACUGUCAUAUUUUUUAAUUUCAUUUACAAGGAUUUAAAUAUAUCUUCCUGAUAUCAGGGCUCUUAGGCAGCUAUCCACAUUUGAUAUGUAGUACAAAUAGCAUCUUAUCUCAUAGGCUGUUAUCUUUAUAUUUAAUAGCAGUGGAGGCAUGCCUAAUUGCUUUGCAAAUGAUCUAAAGAGGAUUACGCCUUCCUUAGAAAGCCUGCACGAUGUCACUAGAUGUUAAAGAGACAUUACAAUGGUAAAAUUCAAUCAAACCUGCAGUGCAGAGUUUAUGCAGCAGCUGUUUUCUAUGAUGGUGUUGUGUCAAAAUAAUUGUCAGUAUGAGGUGGAUACUCUGCUUUUAAACAAACUGUAUGCACAUAAUUAUGUACUGUUAUGAGUAAGAAGCUGUUUUAAGAUGUUGUAAUUCUGUUUAUGUCAUUUGUGUAUUUUCAAAAUGAUAUAAAUGGGAUUUUUUAAAAGGAUGAUCUAAGGUCAUGCCUUCAUGUCAUCGGUGAUGUUAUAAUCAUUCCUCCAUGUUGUAAGUAUUCAUGGAAAAACUGCAGUAUGUGUUUAUUUCCAAUGCUGAAUUUGUGUCCAAUAAAUGAGUGAUAAUGAUUGUGAGAAACGUGUAGAUGUGACUUGAGAUUAAGGUUAUAAAAUUUGUACAAACUUUUCUUAA